CCCAAACCGGGCCAGGAGCCAAGGCGUGGUCGCAGCUUGCCGGCUCGCCGCUGCCAGCGAAGCACUCGCCUCGCCGUCGUCCGCCGGCCACCGUUGCUGCGGUGCCGUCGGCCAUAUCUGACGCCUUUACCGGCAGUUCUCCUCGUCCCUCACGCCUCCACUCCCGCGCCUCUCGAAUCUCGAUGGAGGGCCGCCUCUUCGACAAGCCCCUGAACCCGAAUAAGCUCCUCAAGGAGCAAUUCGUGAGCAACCUGACGGGGUCUUCCCUGCUGGAGAUCGCGGCGCUCUCCACCGUCGUGCCGGCAUUGGUAGUUCUCAGAAAGUGGAGCAGCAGAGAUAAUUCUAGGAAGGAUUCAGCAAAGAAAAAUGAUGAUCAAGUUCACCCUGUUCAUAAAGAUUGGAUGCAGUACUUCUCUACACUAGGUGUAGAUUAUCUCACUGUUGUAUUGCCAAUUAUUUUGGUUUUCACAGUCUUAUCUGAAUGGGCCUUUACGUGUGCUAUUUCUCUUGUAGUUCUGAUAUCCAUCUACAUCAUGUUUGAAAGGUCUCAGCUUCAUCUUAAAGAUGGGUUCAGUCAGCUGCCUUCGCUCAGGGCAGACAUAUCUUCUUACCGUGUCUCAGUGGUUCUGGUGACAUGUUUGUGCAUAUUAGCUGUGGACUUCAAAAUAUUUCCAAGACGCUAUGCCAAGGCUGAAACAUAUGGUAGUGGCAUCAUGGAUCUUGGAGUAGGAUCUUUUGUAGUGGCUAACGCACUGGUAUCUAGACAAGCACGAAACAUAGCCUCAAUGAGUUUCAAGGCAGCGCUGAGUUCCACAAGUCCACUGGUAUUUCUCGGCUUUGCUCGCAUUAUCUCCACAUGGGGUGUUGAUUAUCAGGUCCAUGUAGGAGAAUAUGGUGUUCAUUGGAACUUCUUUUUCACCCUCGCAGCUGUUUCUAUCCUUACAUCUAUUGUCAGGAUUCAUCCAAAACAUUGUGGAUUAGUUGGUCUGCUUAUCCUUGCUGGUUACCAGAUUUGGUUAUCUUCUGGAUUGAAUGAGUACCUCAUUUCUGAUAAAAGAAAUGCUGAUAUAAUCAGCCAGAAUAAGGAGGGCAUUUAUAGCAUCCUCGGAUACUGGGGUAUGUUUCUAUUUGGUGUUUCUUUGGGUUUCUAUCUGUUCGUUGACACUAGUUCAAAGGGCAAGAACAGGAACACUCAAGUCAUGAAAAUCUGGGUUCUUGCCGCAUCUUUUUGGUUUUUGGCAAUCAUCUUUGAUAGCUAUAUUGAGAGAGUUUCUCGGCGAAUGUGCAACUUCGCUUAUGUUAUGCUUGUUUUUGGCCAGAAUUUUCAGGUUUUAUCUAUCCUCACAUUAGCUGGGUUCGCCUCAUAUAAAAAGAACCUGGUUCUUGAAGAUGCACUCAAUCAAAACAUGCUUGGUUCAUUCCUUCUGGCAAAUAUCCUUACUGGUCUGGUUAAUCUCUCAGUUAACACGCUCUCUGCCUCUUCCCUCACUGCCUUCAUGAUUCUGUCAGUAUACACCUUUACUUUGUGCAUGGUUACCGGCCUUGCCCAUUUUUGUGGUGUUAGAAUGAAGUUCUGGUGAAUUGUAAGGUACCGUUUGAUAUGAUGCUUGCUUGAAAUAUAAUGAAUUUUUUUAGGGAAAGAAGCCAAAUUGCCAUCCUAAUUAGUUGAUCGAGUCAUUAAUUCUGCCUAUACUCUAGAUCUGACUUCUUUCUGACUUGUUCACUUCACAAAAUCAUUUCCAAGAGAA